AUGCAAAACGGCACAUUUUCUGCUCAACAAUUUUUGCCAAGUUUGCCAAUUCCUGGCUUGAAUGAAUCAAUUGAUCGAUAUUUGAAGUCUUGUGAGUUUUUCGCCCUUUUUUGAGCAUUCAUGCGAGCUAAAUUGCUAAAUACUCCUUUAAUAUCCCGGAAGUUUUUUCGCAUUGUUUUUCCAGAAACUCAAAAUAGUAUGUUUAAAGAAUAAUAUACUUUACAUAAGUUGUGGAUCGAGAACUUUAAAAAUAUCUGAAAAUAUAUCUAAAAAUAAUUAUUUUAAGAAUGUCUCUAGAAUGUUAUAUUACAAAAACCUAGUCUCGUGAACUCAGAAAGUUUUUUGCAGAUCAUAAAAAAAUGUUCCAAAAAUAAAAAAUUCAUUUUUCCAGUGAAAAAUGUGUUUGAUGAUUCAAAACAUGCAGUCAUCGAGAAAUCAGCAAAAACCUUCGUCGAAUCUUCAGAUGCCAAAUUACUACAAAAUUUUUUGUUGACAAAAGCAAAAAAUGAACGGAAUUGGGUUUAGAACAAAGAAUUUUUGAUGAAUUGAAUUUGAAAUUCUGAAAUUUCUUUUCAGCUAGAGAAUUGGUGGUAUGACGCAUAUACAAUGAACCGUGAAACAUUACUCACACAAAAUAUGGGAGGAAUUAUUCCGAAAAUUGGCGUUGAAAAAGAAAGUCAGAUUACUGUAGCCGCGAGGUUGAUUUAUCAUGUUAUGAGUUAUUGGAAUCUCGUCAGACAGUAAUAUUCAUAAAAAAAUGUAUCAGAUUUUUGAGAAAACCUUUUUCCAGAGAAAAAGUUGAUAUUACUGUGAGUGGUGGAAUAAAAUGGGACAUGUCCCAAGUUUACAAUCUAUUCAACGCAAGUCGAAUUGCAGAUUUUCCAAAGGAUAAAAUUUCAAGAUAUUUCAGAACUGGUAUGUACAUAUACAUUUUCAAAAAUCAAAAAAGUUUUUUUCCCAAUAAAAUUGUAGAAUCGGAGGGUGAUUGCCCAUCUCAUAUCAUAAUUAUUUGCAAUGGAUCUAUAUGGAAAUUUUGUGUUACAAAUCCAGAUAAUAGUUUGAAAUCAGUAAAUGCUAUUGAGAAAGCUUUAGAGCUCAUCAAAAGUAAAUCAUCAAGAGUUGACACAAGAUCUGUAGUUCCGCUAACUUCUCUUGGAAGAGAUGAAUGGGCAAAGGUAAUACGUUAUAAAAAUAUAAGCAGUCUAGUGAACUUGAAUUAUUAUAGAUUCGUCAUUCUUUGAUCGAAAAUUCAGCGCAUAAUACUGGAAACUUUGAGCUGAUUGAUAGUUCUGUUUUUUCUCUAACAAUGGUGGAUGAUUUUGUUGAAGAUGAAUCAAAACUUAUGAAAUAUUCACUUUUUGGAUCUGCCUACAAUUGUUAUUGUGAUAAAAAUUUGAAUCUGAUUGUUAUGAGAGAUGGAAAAGCUUGUCUACAAGCAGAAGUGAGUUGGGCCACAAAACGUUACAAAUUUUUCAAUUCUGAAAAUUACAGCACGGAAACGUCGAUGCUAUUUCACUCUUCGCGCCUUGUGAUUAUGCAGCAGACAACAUGAACAAGGUUUUUCUCAAAAAAAUCCACUUCUUUCUUCCAACAUAAUUUCAUUUUUUCAAGAAUCCACAGACAACACAAGUGGUUGAUGAUUUUUGUGUGGUGGAAAAACUAGAAUUUCAAAGUACUGCUGAUCUUGCAAAUCUUGUCAAUUACGCUGAAAAAAACUUCAAGGACUUGGUGAGUAACUAGAAAAAAAACUAAAAAAGAAAAUUACUGAAUUUUUUUAGGCCGAGAGUUUUAAUUUUGAAAUUUACAAUUUUAAAAACUUCGGCUCCAAAUUCUGCAAAACAAAUGGGAAAUUCUAUGCUGACACAAUCAUCCAAAUUGCUUUACAACUUGCAUACUUCAAAACACAUAAAAAGUUUAAUUAACAUUUUUUCCCACUCAUUUUUUUACCAGGAAAAAAACACAUUUUUUGUAGAUUGGCACCAACUUAUGAAACCGCAUCAAGUCGAAAAUUCUAUCACGGCAGAACAGAAACCGUUCGAAGUCUAACCAGUGAAAUUGCUCUAUUUUUCAGAGCAAUUGAAAAUGGAGCAACCGUGAGUUUUUUCUUCUUUCUUUAAGUUUGAGGGAACAAAAAACACCAAAACCAAUUAUGCUCAAUUAAAGCAAAAAAAAACUUUCAGAGCGAUGCUGUUCGAACAUUAUUUUUCGAUGCUUAUAACACUCAUUGUAGAUUUUUAGAAUUGGCACGGGAUGGAAAAGGAUUUGAUAGACAUUUCUUCGGGUUGAGAAAAGCGCAGGAAAAUCUCGCAAACCUUGGAAAACCAACCGAAAUCUCAUUCUUGGAUGAUGUUUCAUUUUCUGAAAGUGGUGGCAAUGGAAACUUCAAAUUAUCGACAAGUUUGUUAGGAUAUGUUGAAAAUGGAACUUUUGGAUGUGUUACACCAAUGUGUAAAGGUGGAUAUGGAGCAUUUUAUCGAAUCAAUUCAGAGAGGUUUGAACUAGAGAAAGUGCAACUUUUCCCCUUAAAUAAAUCAAAAAAUUCCACAAAUCUUUUCCAGCUUCACCUUCACCAUAACUGCUCUGGCCAACGAUGAAACAGAUAUUCCAACUUUCUGUCAAAAUUUGGAAUCAGCUUUCUUAUUUUUACAAAAAAUCAUUAUUGGUUCAAAGAUCUAA